AUGUCAUUUGGACCAGACUUCAAGGAUAAAGAAUUAUUUCUUCUCCCGGAAUUGAAAUCUGAAUCAAGGUUGCAAUUGUUUACAUUACCAAAUCCAUCAAAUAUUAAAUCCAAGGAAACACUUCUACUAUUUCAAACCACAGACAGCGUUAGCAGUAAAGAUAUAAUUUAUCGUCUACAGGAUCAUUCUUUUAGCAAGCCAUGUGCUCGUAAAAAUAGCGAAGAAUUAGCCAAGGGCACAUAUCAUUAUACAAAUGAAUCACAGCCGAUUAAAUCAAUGUUUUUACUUAAUGAGGACGAUCGAAAAGAUGGUUACGUAUUAGAAUCAAGUACCUUCAAGCACGCUACAAUUUAUGACCUUACAUAUAGUCUAAUAGGCUUUUAUUUUAAAAAUAGCGUUACUGAAGACGAAAAGGAUUAUAUUGAUUGUGAUAUUAAAAGUGAAGAAUCUUCAGAGAGUGACAGAUAUUUAACUCUCAGAGAUUAUCACGACUUAUUAACAGAUUCCCAUGAUAAAAAUUGGGCGUUUGUUUCAAUGGAAAGUCUAGAAACUGCAUUAGUUAAGAUAUGUGAUACAAUUGAAGAAGCUGGUGAUUCUUACUAUAAGAUUAGAUUACAUAAAAUCAUAGGAUUUUUAAGUUCGAAAGUGCUGAAGAUUGUGGAUAAUUUCCCCAAAAGUCUAAAUUUACCAAUAGACUAUCCAGAAGAUAUAAAAUAUUGUGGGAAGGUCGUUCUGGCUUGUAAUUUAAUGAUAUCGUUAAUACCAAAAGAAGCAUACCGAAAGCUAAGGCAGUCCUCAGAAAAUACAGGGAGCACUUCAGAAGAUACUGACAUAUUAGAGAACAUAUCUAUCAGCGGUUGCUUUGAUAAGUAUAAUAAAUAUAAGAAAGAGAUUGCAGCACAAGUAGCUGAAAAGGAAUUACUGACUCAAACUGCGAUGAAUGUUGGAUUAGGCAGUAAAUCUGGUAAACAAGCGAUUAAGAAGGGUAUUAGAAAGGUAACAGUUGCAAAGAAGAAAGUUGCGGUUGGGAAAGGAGCCAUUGAUGGGUUUUUCAAGCGAUAG